UUACGCGCCUUAUACACUGCUGUUGUUUUUUUGCAAACUAAAAGCCAUUAAAAGGAGGUGACUAUAAGGGGAAUCACGUAUGCUCGGCGCUCGUUUGACCGUGUACACACUUCCUACAACAAGCCACAAUAGAAAAAUAUUCACAAAAAAGAAUUUGUCAAUAGUGACAACUUUCGAACGAAAAUGGCAAUGGCACUACUUUUAAAGGUUCUGGCUAUAGCGAGCGUGAUUUUGUAUAACAGAGGUGUCCAAUCAUCAUCUAGAAUUAAAAGACUCAGUUUGGCAGAACCAAUGCCGGCACAUUAUUAUGGACAAGGUGAUCCAGGAUCUUAUUCUUUCGGAUAUGACGUGUCCGACCCAGAGACGGAUAACAUUCAGUAUCGAAAGGAAGAGAGGUUUCCAAACGGUACCGUAGUAGGUAGUUAUGGAUACUUGGAUCCCUUUGGACGUACGCGUCGCUUUCAAUAUGUAGCUGAUGGAGAUGGCUACAGAGUCGUAAGCAACACACUGAUGGAUGAUAAAUUUCAUAUAUUCAAUGGUCAAAAAGCUAGUACUGAAUCUUCUAUCACUUGGACGCGUCCCGCUAAGAAAAAGAAAAAAACACAAGAAGUAAAACCAACAAAUGUUUUAAACUUGCUAACAAACAUGAACAAGUACUACCAACUGAAACCUCCAAGUUAUUACGCGAUCGAGUGAAGAUAUAUGUACUCGUAUAAGUAGAAGAA